UCGAACGCGGGGCUUUGGGGCUUCCUGAGGUUGAUGGGCACCAGGAGAGCCGCGCUGGAUGCUCGUAGGGGAGUUGUGGGAGUCAGCCUGCGUGAAUGUGUAGUAGCUGAGGUUGACUGCGCUGACUGUGUUAUACUGUCACAAAACUACCGACCGCCGUUUAAGGGUGGCGGUACAUCUCUCCUAACCAUCCCAACAGGAUACAGCUAUGUCUUGUUAGUAAGCCUGGCGAGGAACAGGCUGUGUCCGCUCGCUGAGAGAUUCCCGCCCUUUCUGAAAGGCCUUGAGAGGCCCUGGACGCAAGCCACUGACGGCAGCAGAAGCAUAUGGAGAGAGGCAACAUGGCUUCCCCGGAUCACCCAGAGAGAGCCGGCCCCAAGGCUUAAUCCAGGGUUUGCCAGCUGAAGCCAGGCGAAGGCUGAUGGGGGAAUCGUUCAAGGUGAAGGGACCGUGUGCACCCCGAGCACAGUGGUGGUCACACCUUGUGUAUGGUUGCCAAGACUCAUCAGACUGUACAUUUAAAAUUGGUGGAUUCUGUGUGUGUGUACAUAGUAGCCAAAGCAAACAAAGAAGAAAGAGCCAAAAGCAGUACUGGGCUCGGUACCGGGGGCAAGAGCCUUGAGGCCGUAGGAUGGACUGUGAGAGAUCACGUCUAUAAAGACACAGGCCCAAACAUGGAGCACAGCGCUCAUUGGAUACACAGGGACAUGUGUAAGAAGACAGAAAGGUUCAAGUUUGAAGAAAGAAAGGUGCUUCUCUGAGAACACUGACCAGUGCUCAGCUUGGUCCAAGGAUUAAAAGAAGGGCAGAAUUGAAUCACUUCGAACACUUCAGUGGGGGAAUUUUAGAGUCCCAGAGUCUCCCGGUGGCACAGAACAAGGAAAGAGGACUUGAAGCCUGGCUCUUCAGAUCUCCGUGGACACAUUGCCGGCUCAGCUGUAUCAUGGCCCUCCACCCCCGCAGAGUUCGGCUGAAGCCCUGGCUGGUGGCCCAGGUGGAUAGUGGCCUGUAUCCUGGGCUCAUCUGGCUACACAGGGACUCCAAACGCUUCCAGAUUCCCUGGAAACAUGCCACAAGGCAUAGCCCCCAACAAGAGGAGGAAAAUACCAUUUUUAAGGCUUGGGCUGUAGAGACAGGGAAGUACCAGGAAGGAGUGGAUGACCCUGACCCCGCUAAAUGGAAGGCCCAGCUCCGCUGUGCUCUCAACAAGAGCAGGGAAUUCAACUUGAUGUAUGAUGGCACCAAGGAGGUGCCCAUGAACCCAGUGAAGAUAUAUCAAGUGUGUGACAUCCCCCAGCCCCAGGGCUCAAUCAUUAACCCAGGAUCUACAGGAUCUGCUCCCUGGGAUGAGAAAGAUAAUGAUGUGGAUGAAGAUGAUGAGGAAGAUGAGCUUGAUCAGUCACAGCACCAUGUUCCCAUCCAGGACACCUUCCCAUUCCUGAACAUUAAUGGUUCUCCCAUGGCACCAGCCAGUGUGGGCAACUGUAGUGUAGGCAAUUGCAGCCCUGAAACAGUAUGGCCCAAAACGGAACCUCUGGAGAUGGAAGUACCCCAGGCACCUAUCCAGCCAUUUUACAGCUCUCCAGAGCUAUGGAUCAGCUCUCUCCCAAUGACUGACCUGGACAUCAAAUUUCAGUAUCGGGGGAAGGAGUAUGGGCAGACUAUGACCGUGAGCAACCCCCAGGGCUGCCGGCUCUUCUAUGGGGACCUGGGCCCCAUGCCUGACCAGGAGGAGCUCUUUGGUCCUGUCAGCCUGGAGCAGGUCAAAUUCCCAGGUCCGGAGCAUAUCACCAAUGAGAAGCAGAAGCUGUUCACAAGCAAACUGCUGGACGUCAUGGACAGAGGACUGAUCCUGGAGGUCAGCGGUCAUGCCAUUUAUGCCAUCAGGCUGUGCCAAUGCAAGGUGUACUGGUCUGGGCCGUGUGCCCCAUCACUUGUUGCCCCCAAUCUGAUCGAGAGACAAAAGAAGGUCAAGCUGUUUUGCCUGGAAACAUUCCUUAGUGAUCUCAUUGCCCACCAGAAAGGGCAGAUAGAAAAGCAGCCACCAUUUGAGAUCUAUUUAUGCUUUGGGGAAGAAUGGCCAGAUGGGAAACCCCAGGACAGGAAACUCAUCUUGGUUCAGGUAAUCCCAGUGGUGGCGCGGAUGAUCUAUGAGAUGUUUUCUGGUGACUUCACACGAUCCUUUGACAGUGGCAGUGUCCGCCUGCAGAUCUCAACUCCAGACAUCAAAGAUAACAUCGUUGCUCAGCUGAAACAACUCUACCGCAUUCUGCAAACCCAGGAAAGCUGGCAGCCCAUGCAGCCCACCCCCAGCAUGCAACUGCCCCCAGCCCUGCCGGCCCAGUAAUCACGAAUGCCAUCUUCUCCUUCUCUUUUUUAUGAUAUUGUAUAUAGGGCUUUUUAUUAUUAUUAUUAUUAUUCAGACUUAACCAGCUUUUCAAUCUCUUUUCUCUAACAGUGUUAGAAGUCUUGGAUUCUCCCAAUAUUCUUAGCUUUCAAAGUUGAUUUAAUUUAUGGAAAAAUCAUCCUUCAGGCUUUUCUUUUCUUUUGUAAGCCUCCCAGUAGUAGUUUGAGGCAGUAGAAAAAGAUUUGACUUGGGAAUUUAGAUACCAGGAUUCUAGCUGCAGCUUUGUCUUCAAUGUGCCUUGAACAAGUCAUUUAACCUCUGGGCUUCAGGUUCAUCACUUGUGAAGAAAAAAGAUUGGAAUAAUGCCUGAAACUGCAUUGAGCUUUAGAACUCCGAUUCAAGUACUUCAUUCUACUUGUGCAAGACAAAACUGCAUGGAACCAGAACCCUUCUUCAUCGUUCUUAUGCCACAUUUUUUUCCCCUUGCUUUCAUUUAAGUUCCCUCGAGCACUGAUUUGUCUGGUGUUGAGCUCUGUUUGACCUGUUCUGCUGGUGUAGUUGAGCUGGCUCCCUCGUGGGGGAAGUGAGAGGGAGAAGGACUGGCCGGUUGCUUAGGAACCAAGCUUGAUAUCUAAAUAGACAUGGGUGCCAAAGUCUGAAAGUCACCUGGCCUGCGGAGUAACAGCUUAUAAAUUGAGCUUCCACAGGGAAGCUGUCAUACAGAAAGCUGAGGGAUUCUGUGACAGAGUGGGUAGUUAGGUGUUGCCUUGUCAGCACUCAAACACCACUGUGUGUGUGUGGUGUAGAUGAUAGUAUUAGACUCAUGAUAGCCCUCAGAGGAAGAACCUUUUUCUUAUUUUCUUCUCUGAGGAAAAGCUGGGAGUGAGCCGGGCAUUUGCACAGUUCCUCCUUGCUUGGAGACCUUUGGGGUCUUCCUGUCAUUUGGAUGUUCUGUCCUUGGGAAAAAUGGGGUUUUGGGUGUGUUAAAGCCGAAGUGAGGAAGGUCUGGGCAGUGCUUUUCUGGAAAAGGCUCAGCUAGCACAAACCCGCUCGUCUCCCUUGCUAGUGGAGGUCUCCUGGGUGUGAACAAUGAAGGGUAGGAGUGGUGUAGGGCACUGCAGCCAUCUCUGUCACAAGCUGGUCUUAUUUAGGAACUUCCACUCAGUCCCCUGAUCCUUUUGCUUCUCCUUUUCUUUAAAAAUGAAAUUGUAUAUAAUUUAAGUUCCAAGACUUAGAUGGAGAACAAGAUGCUGAUCUCCAGUUGCAGACCCCAAUCCUCCCUCCUCUCUGUCUUUAAUGAUCCUGUCUGCUGGUUCACUACCAAAAGGCUCUCAAGAGCUGAGUCUGAGCUGGGCUGGGCUGGGUGGCAGGAACCCACAGUCUCCCAGGGUCUGCAUUGGUGGGAAGCUGGGAUCAGGAGCCAUAGCCAGUUACCAAAGCGAGGUACUCAAUAUGGGAUGUGGACUUUUUUUUUUUUUUUAAAGAUUUAUUUAUUUAUUUGAAAGCAAGAGUUACAGAUAGGCAGAGAGAAAGAGAAGUCUUCUUGGUUCACUCCCCAUCAAACCAGCACCCAUAUGGGAUGCUGGCACUGCAGGUGGCGGCUUUACCCGCUACACCACAGUGUCGGCCCCAAGGGAUGUGGACAUAUUAACUGCUAUGCUAAACAUCUGCUUCCCCCCGUCCUGACACCAGUUUGUGCCAGUCCAAAAUAAGGAAGCCUAUGUCUAUCCUGCUACCCUUAAACCAACUUUUUCUUUCCUUUUUUUUUUUUAAAUAAUUGAAAGUUAGGCUAGCUUUAUUUAAAAUACUAAAAGCUCAGCUCAAUUGAAGGUGGCAGUGGAACUCAUUUAUUUAAAAUGCAUAAGCCUUGGCUUUAGGGCUUCUAGGAGACCUAGUGGAAUAUUCUGUUAUCAAAAGCAUAACCAAGCAGCUGGCACCGUGGCGUAGUUGGUAAAGCUGCCACCUGCAGUCCUGGCUGCUCCACUUCUGAUCCAGGUCUCUGCUAUGGCCUGGGAAAGCAGCAGAAGGUGGCCCAAGUCCUUGGGCCCCUGCACCCACAUGGGAGACUGGGAAGCUUCUGGCUUUGGAUCAGCCCAGCUCUGGCCAUUGUGGCCAUUUGGGGUGUGAACCAGCGAAUGGAAGCUCUCUCUCACUCUCUGUGCCUCUGUAACUCUGCCUUUCAAAUAAAUAAAAGUCUUUUAAAAAAAAUAAGCAUAACCAAAAAACAAUCUGGGCAAAGGUUCGGUGCCCCACUUCAAGGAGAAGUUGAGCUUUUAGGGGUGAAGAAUCACACAAGGCAUAGAAGCUUUAUAUUUUUGGAGUCAUUUUGUUGAGUGAGUGAAGUGAGGGAUCUGGCUGCCCCAUCUCUAUCUAGGAGCUCAAAUCCAAGUGUAGGUAAAUUGUGAGGACAACUGUUGAAUCUGGCUGGUCCCUUGCCCUUUCUCUGUGAGGUACUAACAGGCUCUCCAUUUGGAUGGGCACCUCAAUAGUGUGAGCUGGUGAGGGGUGUUACGUGGUGUUCUGAGUGCCAAGGACUGAGCUGUUAGGAUGCGACCCUAAAGAAAGGUUUCUGAAGCAUUAUAGGAGUGGAUGCGUAGCUGUAUGUGGUCUUAACUCACAGCCCAGUUUCUUCCUUGUUUCGAAUCCUUUUCAGAAUGCUGCAAGGGUGCAUGUGGGGAUUUCCUGUGAUCAACGUUAGCUCCCUUUCUCUAGGUUCUGAUGGGUGCCAGGUGUCCUUUCUUUCCUGGGGACUCAGCCUACUGUGUCCUUGGUGGCUGCUACUGCUUCUGUGGUACCUUCUCCAUGGCCUUCACCUCAGACUAUGGAGUUAGACUGUGCCACUGGCUCUUGCUUUUCCCCUCUGUGCAUCCCACCACACUAUUUAAAAGGUAAAAAAGAACCACUGUAGACAUGUCGGAAGGGCAAGUUUGUGUCUGGGCUGGUCCCUUCCCCUUUAACUGCAUCCCCAGUUAGGUUUCCUUGACGCCCCUUCACCACCAUGUCCUGCUUGACCACCAACUUGUUGAAGGUAAAGAUUGUCUUGGACUUUGCUGUCAGUCUUUGGAAGAGUAUCUGGUAUACAGUGUAUUCUCAAAUAUUGUUACUGGAAUAAAUGAAUGAACUAAGUCGGUCA